GAGAGGGAGGGAAGUAAAGCCCAGUGAUCCAACGCUGAUGCACUUUCAGCCAGGAGGGAGCUCUUUCCAAGAGAGGAGAGGCGUCUUGGUUUACCUCUGCUCCAUGUCAGGGUGCUUCACGUUAAAGGAGGAGACAGAGGAGGCUCAGGUUGCCGCAGGCCCCCUUGUGCAGAUAUUGGGACGCUGGCCAAAGAAUGUGUCUCCCACGUAAGAAAAUGUCCAAAUCUCUGAAGAAGAUAGUGGAGGAGAGCAGGGAUAAAAAUCUCCCCGAAGUGGAUAUGUGCGACAGGGGGAUAUCCAACAUGCUCGACAUUCCUGGUUUGUUCACCUUGUCCAACAUAACUCAGCUGGUCUUGAGUCACAACAAGCUCGCAACUGUGCCUCCAAACAUUGCUGACCUUAAGAAUUUAGAGGUGCUGAACAUGUUUAAUAACCAAAUAGAGGAGCUGCCCACUCAGAUCAGCAGCCUUCAGAAGCUCAAACACCUGAAUCUAGGAAUGAACAGGUUGAGUACACUGCCCAGAGGGUUUGGUUCUCUCCCAGCACUGGAGGUCCUGGAUCUCACUUACAACAAUCUGAAUGAAUCCUCACUGCCAGGGAACUUCUUCUACCUUACCACCCUGCGUGCACUCUAUCUCAGUGACAACGACUUUGAGAUCCUGCCCCCAGACAUCGGCAAGCUGGCCAAGCUGCAGAUACUGAGUCUGAGGGAUAACGACCUGAUCUCCUUGCCUAAAGAGAUAGGAGAUCUGACCCAACUAAAGGAGCUGCAUAUCCAGGGCAACAGACUCACUGUCCUGCCUCCUGAACUUGGUAAUCUGGACCUCACUGGCCCAAAGCAGGUGUUUAAGGCAGAGAAUAACCCCUGGGUGACUCCCAUCGCAGAUCAGUUCCAGCUGGGUGUGUCCCAUGUUUUUGAAUAUGUUCGCUCCGAGACCUAUAAGUAUCUUUAUGGGCGACACAUGCAGGCCAAUCCUGAAGCACCCAAAAAGAACAAUGACAAAUCCAAGAAGAUCAGCCGCAAGCCCCUGGCUGCUAAAAACAAGUGAAGAUGAGGAGGGAUGAUGAAGGGCCCUUGUCUGCCCGUCCGAGCUGGACCUCACUGCAUGUGCCUUCCCUCACCUUUCUAUUUAUUUACUAAAGGAACACACAAUCCAUUUUUAUACUCUUUCUGUACUGUGUUAUCACGUUACACGUGUGUGGCCUCAUAGUGUCCUUGCCAUGUCUGAAACAGCCAUAUUGAGUUCGUCCUUGCCUGCAUUAAUAUAUAGACCCUUUUCAUCGCAUUUCUGUAAAAUAGUGUUUACCCUACUGCCAUCUGCCCAAGUGUUACUUUUAAAGCUACUGUCUUACUCAGUGUGUUUAUAGUCUGUCAAAUGAUAAAAAUAAUUGGAGUUAAUUACAUUAUUUGACAUAGUUAAUAGUAAUUAACUGUAUUUGUAGUAUUUGCUGAACUUUUACCCACGUGAUUAUAUGAUUUCCAUAGGAUGAACACAGUUUUUCAACAGGGACGUCCAGUGAACGCAGCAGUGCCUGCAUGUUCCCACUAAUGAAUGUAUGUCCAACCAAUAUCAUAUAUGCAGCCAAUGGUUCCAACUUCUCCGUGAUUGUAGCCUUCUCUUAGUUUGCUGCAGCUGGGCUUCAGCCUGCAUGACUAGGGAUGUUCAGUAGGUGAAACUAGAAAAUGUGUUAACAGCAAUGGUCAUAAUAAUUUAUCAUGUUUUGAGAAACAACUUGUUAUUAGCGUGUAACUUUAACAACACUAGUUUAAAUAUUACUGCACCACAUUUUGUAGAUCAUGCCCAGACAUUCAUAGCUUUAAAAAUUUAAAUAUUUUAUUUUUAUGUUUUUAUCAUUAUUUUUAUUAUUUACCUUUUUUUUUAUUUAAGAUAUUAUCAAAGAUUCUGGCUGUUGUUGAACUAUCAACAUCUCCUUUACUGUUGCAAAUGAUUAUAUUUUCACAGACAUUUUCAGUAAGGUCACCUACAAACCUUGUUUUUAUAUAAACUUUUUCAAGUACACCACAGAUGUAUUUCAAGCUAGACUGUAUCCAAGUUGUUAGACUUUGAAAAUAUCUCCUCUUAUCAUUAUGUAUUUUUCCAUACUGCUCAACUCCAGAUGUGACCUAUACAGUCUACCAUUCAAGUAGCAAGGCUGUCUGCAGUGGAGAAGAAAGAAUAUUAUCAUAUCCCACAGUUUGAUUUGAGCUGUCUAAACAAGGCACACAGCUUUUCUCAAGAGCAAUUUCUGUCCUCCGGCGCUGGGCUCGGCAGUGGUGGCUGUUGCGUAACCGGAGGGGGAUUUUGGAGGGGUUUUAGGGGUCUUAGCCGUGUCUGUGCAGGAUUGUGUCCUGCCUCCGGGGGCAUGCAUCUGUCUCUUCCCUCUGCCACGGCUCUUGCUCUUAAUGACUCAUAUGAAUGGCUGCAGACUGGAGUUUUGAAUGGUUUACAAAGUGGAGACCAGUCCCAAAGCAACCUUGCAGCUCAUUUGAGAGUGUUAACAAGCUAUUCAAACAAUGGACAGCUUGUUCUUCUAAAAGCAUGUGUUCUGGGUUGACAGCCAAAAAAAAAUAUGGUGUUUGCGUUUUAGUAUUGUUUAGAUGUAUCGGUGUACCUGAUGGUGCUGUUGUUUACUGUACCUAGACUAAUCAUUCUGAAAGAGCUCCUGCAGUGACUUUAAAAUAGGUGAAACUAAGGAAUGUAGCAAGGCCUCUUCAAAUGUAGAUGAAGAUUAUUGUUACUCCUGUGUGGAAUAUUAUUGUCAUGGUCCAAAAAUAAUUUCAACACAAUGGCGAUCAAAGAAUGUCAUUAAGGUCGUAAGGUCUUUUUCUCACGCUUGUGUCACCAUAUGGCAUGUUUAUUCCAUUUGAACUAUUUUGAAUAAAAUAGCCUAAAAUAG